AUGGGAAAUCAAGUGUCCCCCGAGGCUCAUGGGCCUGAUGGGCCUGAAUUGCCUGUGCCGGAGUCUCCAAAUACAAAACUUGUGGACGGCGCAAAGAAGAAGAAAAAGUCGCGCAAGUCCAAGAACAAGGACCGUUCGUCCCCGCCAGCACCUUCAAAUCAUGUUGAACUCGCACAGUCUCGAGACGAAGAUCAGUCACGGCCCUCGAAGCGAAAGCACGAGUCCGAUCCCGAGCACAAGAAGAAAAAGAAGAAGAAGCAUCAUGAAGCCAAACGUGAAACCAACGAUGUAUCAAUGAAUGUCGCGAAGGUCGAGCCAGAACAGAUAACCAGCCCGCAACCUGAAACCUCGCCGGAGGCGUCCCGCACUGUCCAGAAUGGAGUUGAGAAAGCGACACCCGCCAAAUCUGCCGAAGCUACCAAAUCCCCCGUGCCCAACUCUGUCAGUGACGUCGAUAACCUUUCGACAGUCGAGCUCAACAAUAGGGAAAAGCCGAAGAAACUCAGAGGGUCGCGUCCCGGCGGAAAAGACAAUUUGAAAGUUGGAUUCUUCACACCUGACGAAGUUGAGAAAGUAGAACAUUUCAAAAUCUCUUGGAGUAACAUGCAUGGCAUUGGCCAUACAACUUUCAAUGAAAUGAUUCAGCACUCUGAGCGAGAAGGUGCUGAAUGGCCGGGUCCACCGGACGCCCCCUCAAAGCAUGAGUUAUGGACCGACAUCUAUGCAGUCCUUCCUGACCGUGACCGCCGAUCCCUGUAUCGUUUCGCGCGGAGGCAUUUUCAGAUUCCCGGCCAGAAAGCGCACGAGUGGACAAAGGAGCAGGAUGAGGAGCUUGUUGAAUUGAUGAAACAACAUCCCGCGAAGUAUGCCCUCAUUGGCAAAAUGCUUGGCCGCAGCGACGAUGAUGUUACGCAGCGUUGGAAAAAUCGUCUUCAACACCGUGAAAAGAUGAACCGUGGCAAUUGGAAUCUCGAUGAAACACUUGGCUUCAUGAAAUCUUUGCAAGAUUUCUUUGAAGCUCACAAGGAAAUCAGCCCCGCGACUGCUGGUAAUGACAUAUAUGAAAUGGACCAGAAAGUAAUUCCAUGGGGCUCAGUCAGUGAUUCCAUCAGCAACAGUCGUUCGCGUCAACAAUGUGCCGACAAGUGGCGCAAGGUCUGCUCAAAGGUAAAGGCUGAGCGUGCCAAAGGCAACAAAGACUAUGUUUUCGAUCCUCAAGCAACCGUGGAGAAGACAUCUCGAUGGAAGGAACGAUCGUGCGGUGCCAACAGUAAGGAGCGCGUGAUCGAGGACGAGGAGGACGACAACGACGAAAGCCCAGUCGCAACCAGCACCCCGGCAUCAAAACUCAAGUACGGAUUCGUGGACCACCAAAUCAUGACGGGAAUGAUGCCCAAGGCAGAAAACGACACCCCGAUCAAGACCACCUCUUCGCCUCUACCUGAUGUCGAUAUGGAAGAUGAGGAGGAAAAGAUCAAGGCUGCCAACAAGCUUAAAUCCUCCAAGAAACGCCGACAUUCCGAAGUCGAGGCUGAACCCCAGCCUGAGCCUGAGCUGGUCUUCCCCGAAGUUUCAUCGCCAUCAAAAGAGCAGGCCGAGGACGAGGAGAGGAGAGAAAGGAAGCAAAGAAAGAAGGAGAGGAAAGAGAAGAAGCGUCAGCGUGCUCUUGAAAAGCAAGAGGCUGAGCAGGCACGCAAUGAAGUUGAAGCCGCCGUGACCGCUGCCAAAGAAUCUAGUUUCGGUAAAAAGACAAAGAAGCACAAGAAGCACCGCAAACACCACGAUGCAAACGCUCUCGUGGCUGCCAUUGCAGCUCCAACGUCCGACAAGAAACAGAAGAAGCACCGCAAGUCAGAUGCUGGCGCGAUUGCCAUUGCUGAAUCUCCCGAGACCUUGAAGAAACACAAGGACAAGAAAAAAAAGAAGAAGGCAACUCAUGUCGACGGAGUGACUAUUAAGCAGGAGCACUCUAUUUGA